AUGUCAGACUUCCUAGCAAAGCCCAACAAACCGUCUAAAGCGCUUAGAAAAGACGGGGCGAUGGACGGAUUUACAGUGAUAUUAUCGAACAUUGCAGUGAUAUCGGGUUUGAACGAGAAGAAACCGCCGACCACGUAUAUCGAGGUCACGAUCACUGGAAGCACACCUGCAAAGACCAUCAUGGCAAAGAAAUCGGCACACCCAAAGUGGCUGGAGGGCGAGGAACCGAUGCGAUUCGAGUCGCGAACCGCUGAGUUAAUACCCAUCGAGCCUAAGGCGACUCCGAUCAUGUUAUCCUUUCGAAUAAUCGUCACGCCUAGUGUUUUAUCUUCGUCGAUCAACGAGCUGGGUAUAGACGCUGCAGCGAAGGCUCUCGCAGAUGCGCGUUUGGCCCUCGCACGUGAGGAGCAAGGGUCGCUUAUUUCCAAGAUCUCUCCAGCUAGCGAGGACUUAGCAGUCCAGGAAGCCGAUACUCAAGCACUGGCCGGAGGACUGACGGUACUCAAUGGUGAGCAGGUCAUUGGGGCGCUUCUUACUGCGCUCGACAAUUUUGUGAAGGUUGGAGAUGAGAUUACUGCGGCGCAUCCGUUGAUCAAGGUAGCUUGGGCUGUUGCGACUUAUGCAUAUAAGGCUGCGAAAGCCCAACAACAGUUAGACGAAGAGUCGCGACAGCUUGCUGAGGAUCUUUCGAUGAUGCUGGCCUAUGCGACUGCUUGCCGAGAUUUAGUACCCAUUGAAGGGAGGGAGAACAUUGUGAUUCAGGUUGUUCGCUUGACUAAGGAAGGGGCGUGCAUUAUCGAUGCUUGCAUGGCUCAUCAUUUCGUCGUACGUGCAGCCAUUGGGCCCUUCACCGGCUUGAGGAACCGCCUCGAGGACUGUCAAAGAAGGGUUAAGGAAGUGAGAAGGGAAUUCGACACUGCUGUGCAGGUAGAUAUACGUGACCGAGUCAAAACCAUCGAAACCGAAGCGAUUCUUUCCGUUCUUCCCUCCGCAAGGGGAGCAUCGUGGACCCCAAGUCUCGCUUGCAUGGACGGUACACGUUCCUCUCUACUCAGUAGUAUUUCUUCGUGGAUAAGAGCAGACAGCGAGACAGCGAGCAUAAUGUGGCUUACCGCUUCUCCUGGUGCAGGAAAAACCGCCGUUGCACAUACGGUCGCUCGCAAUGCGUCAUCAGAGGCCAUAGUGGUAUUGUCGUUCUUUUUCGACCGCACAGUCGAACAAAGGAACGAUCCUUCACUCUUCGUAGGCACCUUGGUUCGCGAUCUUGCUGGGUACGAUCAAAAUUACAGGACGUCCGUGUGCGAUAUUCUUAACCGCAAGCGAGACCUUGCGUCAGCACAACCUUUGCGCCAAUUCACCGAGCUGAUCGUUGACGUCGCUACAACAUUCGCCUCUCGCAUCCUCGUUGUUAUCGAUGCCUUGGAUGAGUGCUCUGACUAUAGUGGUGAUUUAUUGACCAUUUUAUGCGAGCACAUUCCCAAACUUCCAUCAUCAUAUCGGAUUCUCUUGACCUCCCGCCCCGAGGAUAUACUCAUGCGACGUCUACCAGGAUAUUCGCAUGUUUAUGCGACAAACAUUGAACUUAGCUCGGACGAUAACCACUCAGAUAUAUCAGCAUAUGUAUACGCGCAGCGGCUGAAGAUCGCUUCUUAUAGUGAGUUAGGGCCCUCAUGGCCCACGGACGAACAAUGCAAGGCUUUGACCAGCAAAGCGGGAGGUCUCUUCAUUUGGAUCUCGCUGGUCAUGGACUUCAUCGGAAAGGGCAAUCUGCGAAAAAGAGACAGGAAGUGGAAUCUAGAAUCCAUACUCUCGCAGGACGUCACAAUUCUCAAACCGACGCAGAUAAUGAAUGAGCUGUACGAUACGGUUCUCUCUGCGUAUGACUGGACCAACAAACGAUUUGUGGAAGACUAUCAUCUUGUUGUGGGUACAAUUAUCGCUGCAAAGGAGCCACUGUCAAAGAGGAGCCUAAGAUCUCUCUCUGAGGACGAUGAUGAUAUUAUCGAUGACACACUCUCCGUCCUAUCGCCUUUGUUCAUCAGCAUUGAGGAUGACGACACGCCUGUUCAGCUUCUACACCUCACUCUUCACGAGUUUUUGACUGAUCCUCUCCGAUCGAAGGAUUACUUCAUUGACGAAGCUGAACAUUCGCGCUCCCUCGGGUACCGAUGUCUAAAACUCCUCACAAAGUCACUGAGUAAGAAGAUUCCUGGACUGGGUUGGUCGUCAUUUUGGGAUCAAUACCAGUACCACCCUAUUCCAUCCUUUCAAGUCCCAGAGGCCGUUGCAUACAGCUGUCACUUCUGGAUAUAUCACAUCAUCAAUACAGCAGAUGAAUCCAGGGUCAAAUAUCUGAAUAUUCUUGACACAUUCACUCCAUACCUUAUUUCUUGGUUGGAGGUUGCAUCUGCACGAGGUGAAUUCCCGCCAUUGUGUGAGUUGAGGUCCUGGAUUAUGAUGAACAGUCCUCUACGAAUCUCCACAUUUGGGCAAGUCAUCUCAUCCGAGGGGUUUGCCUUAUCUCUGGAGACGUUGUCAAAUCGUCUGAGUGAUGCUGGCCGGUUGAGGGAUGCUUUGAGAGCAAUGGCAGAAGCCCUCCAUAUUCGCCGACAGCUCGCCAAGGACCGUUCCGAGACAUUCACUCGUUACAUAGCCACGUCUCUUUUCUCACUCUCUCGCAUCCUUAUGGAUACUGGCCGUGGAGAGGACGCUCUGGAACCAAUUGAGGAAGCGGUUAAUAUCUACCGACAGCUUUCCAAACGCUUUCCCGAAUUCAAUCGUGAACUUUCCAGGUCUCUCAGCGGUCUAUCUCUUAUUGCUACUAAGGCCGGUCAUCCAGAAGAUGCUUUGAAAGCUGUUGAAGAAGCGGUCAAUAUCAACCGGCAGCUUGCCAAGGAUUGUCCCGGUGAAUUUGAUGCUGGCCUUGCCAGCUCUCUCGCCAACCUUGCUGCCUGGCUCGGUGAGGCUGGUCAUGAAAAGGAUGCUGCUCUUAAAGCAAUUGAGGAAGCGGUUAACAUCUUCCGACAGCUUGCCAAGGACCGUCCCGAGAAAUUCAAUGCUAGCCUUGCAAAUUCCCUUACCAACCUCUGUGCCAGGCUUAGUGAUGUCGGUCGCCGAACAGAUGCUCUGAAAACAAUUGAGGAAUCAGUCAAUAUCUACCGACAGCUCGCCAUGGACCAACCUGAUGCAUUCAAUUCUGGCCUUACCACAUCUCUGAACAUCCUCUGUAUCGAACUUCAUAGUGCCGGCCGUCGAGAGGAAGCUCUGAAAGUAAUUCAGGAAACAGUCAAUAUCCAGCGGGAGCUUGCUGAGGACCGUCCUGAGGCAUCCAAUGCUGACCUUGCCAUGUAUCUUAUCAAUCUCUCAGGCAUUCUUGGACAUGUCGGUCGUCAAAAGGAUGCUGUGAAAGCAAUGGAGGAAGCAGCUAAUAUCCGCAGACAGCUUGCUAAGGGCCAUUCUAAGGAAUUUAAUCGUGACUAUGCCAUGUCUCUCAACCGCCUCUGUGAGACCCUUGAACGUGCCGAUUGUCGAGAGGAUGCUUUGAAAGUAAUGGAGGAAGCAGUCAAUAUCUGCCGACAGGUCGCCAAGGACCAUCCUGAGGCAUCUAUUCAGGUUCGCCUGGCCAUAUAUCUUAACAACCUCUCUCUCAGGCUUAGACAUGCUGGUCGUCGAGAGGAUGCUCUGAAAGCAGUUGAGGAGACGGUGAAUAUUUACAGACAGCUCGCCAAGGGCCAUCACAAGGCAUCUAAUCAGGCUGACCUUGCCACAUCUCUAAUGAACCUUUCUGUCAUGUUUACGGGUGUUGGUCGUCGAGAGGAUGCUCUGACAGCGAUUGAGGAAGCAGUCAAUAUUCGCCGACAGCUCGCCAAGAACCAUCCCGAGGCAUCUGAUCCUGGCCUUGCCAAGUCUCUGAACAACCUCUGUAAUAGCCUUCGUGGUGUCGGUCGCCGAGAGGACGCUCUGAAAGCAAUCGUAGAAGCGGUCAAUAUCUGCCGAAAGCUCGCCAAAGACCGUCCCGAUGCAUUUAAUUCUUACCUGGCCAAAUGUCUUAGGAACCUCUCUGACAUGCUUAGUUAUCGUCAUCGAGAGGAAGCUCUGAAAGCAAUUGAGGAAGCAGUCAAUAUCUACCAACAGGUUGCCAAGGACCGUCCCAAGGCAUACAAUCCUGACCUGGCCGCCUCUCUUAACACCCUUUCUAACAGGCUUCGUGAUGUCGGUCAUCGGGAGGAUGCUCUGAAAGCAAUUGAAGAAGCACUCGAUAUCUACAGGCAGCUCGCUAAGGACCGUCCUGGGGCAUUCAAUCAUGAGCUGGCCAUGUCCCUCAAUAACCUCUCCAACAUGCUUAGUGAAUCUGGUCAUCGAGAGGACGCUCUGAAAGCAGUUGAGGAGGCGGUCAAUAUCUACAGACAGCUCGCCAAGGACCAUCACGAGGCAUCUAACCUUGCCACAUCUCUAACGAGCCUUUCUGUCAUGUUUACGGGUGUUGGUCGUCGAGAGGAUGCUCUGACAGCGAUUGAGGAAGCAGUCAAUGUUCGCCGACAGCUCGCCAAGGACCAUCCCGAGGCCUCUGAUCCUGACCUUGGCAUGUCUCUCAACGGCCUCUCUUGUAGACUUAGCGAUGUUGGUCGUCAAGAGGAUGCUCUGAAAGCAGUCGAGGAAGCGGUCAAUAUCUACCGGCCGCUCGCCAAGGACCGUCCCGAUGCUUUCAAUUAUGUACUUGCCAUGUCUCUUAACAACCUCUCUGCGAGUCUUGUACAUGCUGGUCAUCGAGAGGACGCUCUGAACGCAGUUGCGGAAGCGGUCAAUAUCAACCGAGAUCUCGCCAAAGGCCGCCCCGAGGCAUUAAAUCAUGAUUUAGCUAGGUCUCUGUACAACUCUUCUAUCAUUUUCUCGGGACUCGGACUGAAGGAAGACGCGUUACGAGCCGCAAAGGAGAGCCUCGGUCUUUAUCGUUCAGUUCACUCGCAGAGGCCCAUCGUCUUCCGACAACACCUCAUUAACGCGCUUAAACGAGUAGCGCAAUGCCUGUCCGCCUCAGAUCAGGACGAGGAAGCCUCGAAAUAUAGGGAGGAGGCGGAGGCGCUGGAGGCAGAAGCAGCCCCGACGACAGUACAGCCCGACACAUGA